AUGAAUCACCAUCAUUUAUACAAUAUAUUUGAAGUGAAUAUACCAGAAGAAUGUAUGAAUGAGUUUUCAAUAAAUAAUUCACACAUUCAAAAUCUUUUUGAAAAUCAAAAUUCUACAAUUAAUCAAACAAACACAAAUGAUUUAGUUAGUAAUAACACUGUCUAUACAAUAAACAAUAUAAACUUUAUACAUAUAAAACCUUGGGUUUUAACAAUUAGUUUCAAUAAGAUUUUCAAAAAAUUCCAAGAGAAAAUUCUUAAACAAUAUCCAAAUGUAACAUGUGUAUAUUGUGCUAAGUUAUUAUACUCAGAAAAAGCAAAAUGGGUUCCUUAUAAUCAAGAAAUAAAAUAUCCAGUUGAAGAAACUUUUGAAAAUUUUCAUUUAGAAUUUCACCCAAAUACAAAAGUGAAUAAAGUUCCAACAUGUAGAUCUUGCCAUAAUCCAAGAACACGUAAAAAGAUUCCUUAUAUUUCUCCAAUGCCAAUUGAAAUUGAAUCAGUUCCUUUACAUAAACGAAAAUAUCUUUCACCAGCAUAUAUUCAUUGUUCUUUAGGAAGAACCCCUGGCAGUAACUCUUUUACAGAAUAUAGAAAUUUAGUUGGGACUAUGAGUUAUUCUUGCAACAUACGUGCAUUAUCAUUAUAUACUGGGACAAUUGGAGCAUUUCUAGAACCUUCUAAUAACAAUCAUGUUUCUAAUGAAUUAAUAUUUGAUGAAAAUUUAAAGAAUGCUGCAGAUUGGUUAGCAGAAAAAAACCCCUAUAUAAAAAGUUUUUCAAAACAAGCUUUAACUCUGACACAAAAGACAAUUAAUGAAAUAUUUCCAACAGCUACUCAUGUUACUGAUGAUGAAUCAGCUCCUCCUUAUUUGUCAAGAGACAUAAUUAUUCAGAAUUAUAAUUUUCCAGAUGAAGUUCAUAAUGAAGAUUUUCAUUAUGAUAAACUAAUAAGUGGAUUUGUACA